AAAAGUUGCACCAUAAUGAAAUGGAAUAUUUACAAGAAGCGGUUCUGUUGGGCAUCGAUCUUUUAGUGCUUGUGGUGUGUACCAAUCAGUACUACAAACUGCGCAAAAACUGUCGCUCGCUAAAGGAUGCGCCGCAAGUGCAAAUCGAUGAACUAUUACCCGAUCGCAUACGAAAGGAGCCGGACCAGAAACUUAAGUAUGCCGUUAUCCGAGGAAGUGUUACCCCCAUCGGGACCGCACUGCGAAGUGCCAUGUCCCCAUCGGUUACCGGGGUACUGCAGACGAUGACACUGACUGAACAUAGAGUUGUUCGUGCAAUGUAUGGCUUUUGGCAGGGAGAGAAACAGGUCAUUCAUGUGUCUGCAAACGAAACCCCGUUCAAACUUGUCAAUGGCAAGCAAGGCGUGGAGGUCAUAAACGGUCUUUCUGCCGAAUUGCUUGACAUGGACACAAUAUACGAAAACUAUGAACCCUCGUCGCUUACCGUGUUCGAGCAUCUGUUUGGGUUGUUUUCCGGCGUGAGACAAAAGGGCCUACAAACGACAGAAGAGAUGCUUCGAGAUGGUAGCUUUAUCACAGCCGUCGGUGAACUCGAGCUUGACGAUUCCGGUGUCCGGCUGGUCCCACCAUCGAACGGAUCGCCGAUGAUCUUGACGACGGCCACCAAAAGUACACUACUGAAACGACUCGAAGAGGCGAAAUCUUCCAACCUGUUCAAGGUGAUCGUAUGCGGAACCAUAUCGGCCGUGUUGAUAGGCUUGAUAGCGAGAAAGAUAUACAAGCGUAAAAAGCAAGAAUGGGACGAACAGAAACUUCGCAAGCAACUGGAACAAUCACGUGCCACACGGCGAGCCCGUUUGCGGCCGACCGUGAUCAGCGAAGAUCAGCUAUGCGUUGUGUGCAUCGUCAAUCCGAAGGAAGUAAUAUGUCUGCCGUGCGGCCAUGUAUGCUUAUGUGAAAAUUGCGCACAAAAAAUCAGCCUACAUUGUCCAGUAUGCAGAACAGUUAUUGAAACCAAAGCAGCAGCAUUCAUUUCUUGAAUCGAUGGAUAUUAACCUUGUUACCACUUGCUAUCGUUUACCGGAUGGUAUGGAAAAUUGUAAAAAGAAAAAUAUUUGAAAAUUGAAAACAUAUGACCAUGCUGCUUUAUUAUAUGCGAUCUCUAGACGCACAGAAACCAAGAUCUGUUUAAAUUUGCCGUAUAAAAUAAAGUGUUAUUCACAA